AUGGAUGAACCUCCCGAGGAAUUGUCAAGAACGCCUAACAAAGAGAGGAUACCCAUCCUGUCGUUGAGGCUAGUAAGCGUCAUUCUUCUGGUAGCGGUAUUGACGAUGCACGUCCGAUCCGUGAGGGUGUUUCGCUGGGAGCAAUCAGUGACAGGAGGAGUGCUAGUCACAUACUGCCUGGCGAUGACCGGCUUGGCCAUGUGCGCAGGGGCAGACAUCUAUGAUGGCAAGGCAUUGCAGGCGUACAUAUGCAGCACUGGAUCAGCUUUGCUUUUGGUCAACGCCAGCGCCAUCUGGCAUCGCUGGCGCCACUCUGGCGAACUAACACACGCGGUAGCUGAACUCCUGCUUGCCCUUGGACUGCCACUUCGACGUCACAUCAUGAUUAAGUGUAGGCUGCGCGAUGUCGCCGCGUCCGCGCACGCUGCUCAUGAGGAAGAACCCCGCUGUGGUUCGAAACUAGUAGAGCUUUUCUCAAUAUUUACACGAUUGGAACCCGCCUGUGUACCGCCAGGUCCUCAGGGAAGCGAUCUGUGCCGGCGACCUCAUACGCCCGGCCUUAGUCGAGACCAUAGAGUGGAGCGAGAGGGACUGGGAGCAUCCCCUCUUUCUGCGAAGCUAACUGCUUUGAAAGAACCUUGCAAAGAAGGAGACGGAGUGCAUGAGGGAGCUAUCCUCCUCCUCACGUCCCAACCACUGCGGUAG